GACAACCACCGGCCAACCGUAGCCGAACCUCCCAUCUACGUCCCUUGUGGUAUCAGAUGACUGCAACUAUGGCAGCAACAUCACGUGACACGUGGGGCGUGCGUAGCAGCCGACGGCACCGACCUGUGCGUUUUCGCGUUUUCUCGUGCGUCCCUGUGCUUCCAAAGGAACGCUACAAGAUGGACCAAAGACGGGCUCUGGCCAAGAAGUAUAAGGACUACAAGUGUUAUGGCUGGCUGGUUGUGAUGCUGGCGGCAGGUGCAGCGGCCAGUCUUAUUGCCUGCGGAGUCAUCAUCGUCAAACCGAUCGUGGAGACCAAGUCUCUGGAGUUUCAGCAGACAACGUGUACCACAACAACAGGUUAUCUCACUGGGCAGUACAUUGGUUGUAGCUGUGGGAAGGACUGCCAUUCUCAGUACCCCUGCCUGCGCAUGACUGUGACGUACGUUCUGAACAAUGACAACGCCGCUAACGCCACCAGUGGCACUAUCGACGCUGUGCUAUUCGACACUGAGCAAAGGCUGAACCACGAUGGACACAAGGAAGAGGCUUGGCAGUGCGUGACUGCACCGUGCGAACGUAACGCAGGUAGCAACAGCAGAUCUGUACUGAACUUCAACUCCACCUAUGGCGCUGGGAAAAACUACACAUGCCUGUACCAUCCAGACGCACCCACGAAAGUCCUGCUGAAGAGGUUGUUCACAUGGGAUCACAUGUUCCACUCCAUGCUGUGGAGCUCUGUCGGAUUCGUCAUCUUUUCCAUCCUCUCACUCUACGUCUGCGAUCAGUGUAAGAAGAUCAAGGACAAGAUGUCGUCCAUACAAGUGGCAGUACCACCGGGUGCACCCAUGGCAAGAAAGGGACACUUCCUGCCGCCGGGACCGCCUCCGGGACCGCCCCCGGCCUAUCCUGGCACCGGCCAAUCGGACCCAACAGCACUGCAGAUGCAGCCUCCUCCGCCGCCUAGCGACCUGUACAAGACCGACUACUCCUCAGGGUUCUCAUAUAACUGAGUCUAGUAUCUGUACAGAUUGCUGAUUAGAUGCUCUCUAUAGAACCAAUACCAUCGUAAAAGACAGAGAGUGUGUGUUUGUGUUUGUGUGAGUGUGUGUGUGUGUGUGUGUGUGUGUGUG